GACGUGGCAGAGAUCCGAGACAGAAGAGAACGAGGCGAGAGCAUCUGAGGACUACAUGUGACGACAGGAAAGCAAAGACAGAAGAAAGUAGAAGGUGUCAAGACCAGACAGGUUCAUCCAACUGAGAGAUCUGCUGGAGUCCACGACAGUGUUGAUUCUGAGAUGAUGGACAUCCUUGAGACAGAUGCCUAUGACAGGCGGAAGAGGAGAAACACGUCCUGUGCUCUUUUUCUUUCUCUCUUGCCUUUCUUUUUGUCUGCAGCUGUGUUCUUCUACCUGUGGACACCUGACUCAACCGCAUCCAUCAUAUCUGCAGGUGUCAAAUCAGCACCAACACUCCUAUUGGCUGCAGUAGUGCUGAGCUGGAAUGGAGGUCAGAGUGUCCUGGGUGUGGUGGGAGGAUUGCUAUUCUCUGCUGUUGGUGAUUGCUGCCUGGUAUGGCCUGAGCUUUUUCUGCAUGGAAUGGGUGCAUUUGCUGUGGCUCAUAUGCUGUACUCAUUCACCUUCCUCUCCAGUCGUUACACGGCAUACUCUUCUUCCUCUUCCUUCUGGACUCGUUCUCUGUAUCUGAUCCUGUUCACGGUGGGAGGAGGUUUCUACAUCUACAUAUAUCCGUUCCUGCAGAAGACGCCAAACUCCGAUACACUGCUUCCAGCUGUGGGGGUCUACAUUGUCUUAAUUGUUCUAAUGGGGGCAUUAGCUAUCAGAACCCGCAAUGUGGCAACACUGUUAGGAGGUUUGUUCUUCAUGGUGUCUGAUGUGUCGCUGGCUCUGCAAGUUUUUAAGGUGACUGCACCAAUGGAGCACGGUAACGCUCUUGUCAUGGUCACAUAUUAUUUGGCACAGCUACUAAUAGCUGUGGGCGAUGUAAAUGCAAUGAACAAGGAGGACUUUGCAAAAUGGAAGAGUUCCUAAACAGUGUCACUCGAGUCUGAAGUAUCUCCAUCACCCUGGUAAAAUCAUUUAACUUAUAAAUCCUUUAGGUCUUGGAGUUUCUAAUAUGAACCCAUUAAAUAAAGUAAAGAGGAGAACAGAAGGACACUACUGUCAGCACUUGAAGGCUUCUUGCUAGUGCCAAAGAUGGAGUAAAAGAGCAGCUUGCAAAGUCAAGAUAUUUAAAUGUGUUUACAGCUUACGUUUGAAUAAUCAUACUAAUACUCAACAUAUUAAAAUACCAGUCUACAAACUAAAAGAAACUCCACAAAUAUUGGUUAGAAGAAUAUCUAUAUUCUGUGAUUUGUGCCAAAAUAUUUUUAUUUUGUAUGACAUCAAUGUUUGUGUAGAUUUUGCAUGUUUUCCACAUGUCAGCUGGCCAU